CUACGGUACUAUUGUGUCAUCGUUCGCAAGAACAAAAAAUCCCCGUUUCCACGAGAUCACCACAAAGAACUCAACAGAACAAUCCAGUGAGACGAAAAAAGAGAGUGGUGAGUUGUCGUUGUCGUUGUCAUUGCAGGCGAUUUUAAAAUGGCAAGUUUUCCAAGACAUGACUGACGGUACACACCUUUUCUAAUGAUCAUUAUUUUGAUGAUUUUUGUUUGGCAGUACUGUAUCCUUUGAUUGCUAGAACUAUCUUUUCACCCUCGAGAAACAGGAUGAAGGUCUUCAUAGCAUUACUCCUUUUCUGCGCAACAGUAACGUCAGCGUCAUCUGAUGAUGAUUCCAAGGAUUCUAAUGGUCCUCCUUUUUUUCUGAUUGAUAGUACCGACCAGCUCUGUCUGGCCGGCGAAGAAUUCAAGAGAUGCUCGAUCGACACUCUGUUCUUUGUCGUCGGGUCUCCUGGUAAGUAUUUUAGUACAGAAACACGGAUGCCAUGACCAUACCAGAUKGUGAUUUCCGGGAUUUUUUGCUAAUAGGGUUCUCACCGGAUUGGACAUUGUCGGUCAAUAACGAAACAAACUAAACCAGGCAACUAUCAAAUUCGAAAACGGUUGGCUGACGGAGAAGAAGACGAGGAGGAGGAUGGAACGUGCCUCGCCUUGAAGUCGUGCAAAGAGGUUGAUGCGGGAAAAAAGAUGGAAGCAAAACUCGCUAAAUGUUCUCAUUGCGGGGCCAAACGAUGGAAUAUUGUUGGAGAUAGCAGUACCGGCUACGUGCUGACUGAAGGAGACGGAAAAACUUGUCUUCUGAGAGAACCCGGAACAGAUAAAGCUAUGACCGCACCUUGCGAUUCUACCGACUCUCCUUAUGUCCCUCUCCAGCUUCAAUUUGCAUCGGCGUCGGACAUAAAGACAAUGAGUUCGGACGGUGCACGACUAAUCGGAGCUGCCAGUGAUGGCGACAAAAAGGCAAUCGAAGAUUUACUUAAAGACGGGACUGAUGUGAAUGUUCGCGAUUGGGAUGAAUUGACAGCGCUCAUUCCAGCUGCAUCAUCUGGACAUCUAGAUAUUUGCAAACUGUUAGUAAAAGAAGGGAUCGAUGUCAACGCCAAAGACAAAGAUGGCAUCACGGCUCUCAUGGAAGCCAGGUGAGUAAAGAUUUGCUGACGAAACGGAGUUUCAUCAAUUUCAAGGAAAUAACCUUUUCCUAACGAAAGUUGUGCCGUCUCUAUUCUAUCCAUUUUUAGCAUCAUGGGGCACGAAAAGAUCGUAGAAUUCCUUAUUGAAAAUGGAGCCGACGUCAACGCACUUGCCUCAUCUGAUGUGUCCGCCAUGUGGUUAGCAGCUAGUGAAGGUCGAGUAGGAGUGAUGAAGCUUUUAAUGGAAAACAACGCCGAGCCAUCGAACACACGUGUUGAUGGAAUUUCGGCGCUUAUGACUGCUGCAGUGAGUAUGAAACGAUGAAUUCAUUCAAUAUUUAUGUAUCCCAUUGAUGCAUGGAUUUUCAUCAUUCUCUUCGGUAAACUUUUGUCGGAAGUGAAGUUCAACCUUUGAUUUCUCAUUUUCUAUUCUUGUUCAAUAAUUUUUUGAAGGUGGGUGGACAUUCUGGAGCUGUCGAAAUUUUGCUUGAAAAUGGAGCCGAUCAUACAAUGACUGACAAAGAUGGUCUCAUCCCUCUCAUGAGUGCAGCAGAAAACGGAACAGUCGCCACCUUGAAGGCCAUAUUGGAUCAUGUAGAUGACCCUGAUUACAUCAAUCUAAUUUCAAAUACAGGAUUUUCUUCUCUAAUUAUUGCCGCGGCACACGGUCAUGUUGAUGCCGUCGAAUUUCUCCUCGACAACGGAGCAAAAGCAGACAUCGUACACGACAACAAGGUCACAGCACUAAUGUACGCAGCUGCAGCUGGUCACCUCGAUGUUAUGAAAAUGUUGAUUGGAAAAGGUCAAGCUGAUCUUGAAUUCAAACAUACGAAUGGUGGAACAGCGUUGCUUGAAGCGAGCACAGCUGGCAUGUAUGAUGCAAUUGUUCUACUUGUUGAAAGUGGUUCGAGUGUCGAUUUCAUGGAUGAUGACGGAGUCAAUCCUCUCAUGGCGAUUGCUGCACAGGGAAAUGCUAAGUCACAAAAGUUCAUCAUUGACGAACUUGAGAAGACCAAAUCUGAUACUGCGUUGAAAGAUUACAUCAACUUAUUCGCGCAUUCGGGUGGUUCAGCCUUCAUGUUCGCGGCUGCAGGAGGGCAUGUAGAGUGUGCGAAACAACUGAUGGAUCUGGGUGCAGAAAUCAAUGCAGUAGCACGUAACAAAGACGGAUAUCUCGAAAAACUCCAGAAAAUGAUCGAGGAAGGACAGGUGAAAGAGGAGGACCCUCAUGUUGAUGGGGUGACUGCCCUUCAUGUGGCCAGCGAAGGUGCGAUAGUAGUCCAUGUUGUGCGCGAUCUUCAACCGUUUUGGUUUUUGUCUUGUUAUCUCACGCUUUUUUUCACUUAUCGUUUGUUUCUGCAGGAGGUCAUCUCGAAAUGGUCAAUGUACUAUUAGAUGCAGGUGUAGAGACAUCUUUGGUUCAUUUAGAUGAUGACAACAGAUCGCCUCUUGUAUUGGCUGUCUCUGGCAAUCAUGCAGGGGUUGCGAAGGCGCUCGUGCAGGCAGGAGCCGACCCCAAUACUCCAUACGUCGACGGGGAUGGAGAAAAUCACAAUCUACUUUUCGAUGCGAUUAUGGUUGAGAAUGUUGAAUUUGCUACUCUUCUCAUCGAAAAAGGUGCUGAUAUCUACCAUAGCGACGAGAAAAAAGUGAGCACGUUGCUUCAAGCGAGUCAUCGCGGACUCACAAAAGUUGUCAAAGCACUCUUGGAAAAGCAUGCUGCAAAUGGAUCGAAGGGAGAGUACGUGGAUGCUGCAAGUGAGGAUGGAAUAACUCCUUUAACUGCCGCCAGUUCCGAAGGUCAUACUGAAUGUGUCAAGCUUCUCGUUGAAGCGAAAGCCAAUGUCAAUGCAAAGGACAAAGACAACACAACGUCGUUAAUGGCAGCUUCUGCACGGGGGCAUCUCGAUGUCGUGUCCAUAAUUUUGGCUGCGGGAGCGAAUGUAAACGAACAAAAUGUUGAUGGCCACACUGCUCUGAUGUUUGCCUAUAACGGCAAAAAUCAGGUCGAGACUUUGUGGGAACGAUAUAACCAAUUCCUAGAAGAAGCCAAAAGCAAUGGUGAGUCAAAAGAAGACGUUGAUGAUAAUGAAACUGGACCCAUUAUCCAAGAGUCAUUGAAGAACCAUACUGAUCUGGUGGAUCUCCUCAUCAAGAGUGGAGCCGACGAAUCAAUCAAAGAUAAGGGAGGCCAUGUUGCAUCAGAUUUUGACUUCCACCCUGAUACAGAUGCUGAGAUUCUUGCAAAAGAAGCCAGAACUGAGAAAGUUAAGGAUGAAAGCAAGAAUGAACUUUAACAUCCAUUAAGCACUCUCAAGUAUUUAGAUUGACUAUAAUGAGAAAAGAAUGACCAUUACAUCUUUAGGUCUGACACUUCGGGUUGAAAAAAACUUGAUAUUAUAU